GUCCGCGACCGGAGGCGAGAGACUCCAGGUAGAGAAGCCGCCUGGUCAUGAAGGACGUCCAGGGGAUAGAGAGGGGCAAGUGCAACAGCUGUGAAUGCAUCGAGUACAGGCCGCCGCCAGAGAGCGGCAAGUUAUCGUGCGAGUAUUGCGGACACCGCCCCACGGAACAUGUCCGGAUAGUGGAGCUGGGCCGGUGCAGGACGAAGGGCUGCGACUGUGACAAAUACACGUCCGAGGUCCCAAACAGCUACUCCGAGUGUGAAUAUUGUGGCUGUAGUGCCAGCACCCACGAAGGAGCCGACGCCCGUGAGUUCUAUAAAACGCCUAACGUAGCUAGCCAGGUUAUCCGUUUCGCGUAGUACGAAAGAAGCAGCAGCCGCAUCAGGCUCCCCAGUUCACACCCCAAACAGCUACAGUGCCAGUGAUGAGUGUGGCAGGUCAAAUGAUGACCCAGCAACAGUCUGGCAUGAUGGGACAACCUGGUAUACCCGCCCAAACCAUGAGCCAGGGGACAUGUGGUUUUCCCGGCUGUCCCUAUGGAAGACGAGUGGAGGGGAACAAGGUCCACCCCUACUGCAGCAGGACCUGUGCCCAGAAACACAGCCAACUGCAGGGCUCAUUCCAUGCACAGAAAAUAGCAUCUGCCAGUCAAGCUGGUAAGACAGGAACUCCCCAAGCAACACCGGUGACUUCAGCAGGGGCCCAUGCUGGCCAACCACCACCAAAUGCAGCAAAAGCAACAGCAGCUGCCUCAACAGCCCCAGCUCACUCCGAUGUGCAAAAAGUGCACAGUAAACCCAGCAAACCCGGGAAGGAGUUGGUGCGAGUCGUGCUUUCGCCAGAAACCUUGAUUAUAAUACUCUACAAAACACUUUGAAAAACAUACAGUAUUACAUAAUCUUUUUGUGCAUCACGUUUGCAAUUUUGUGCACACCAUUCAAUGCGUAAACUAUGAUAUAUCGAGGCAUGACACAGUCUGGAUUAUAGACAACCAACUCUGCGUAGUUGAGGGCUUGGCCUGCUUUCCAAACACGCUGUGACAUCCGUCUGGAGGGUUGGUCAGCUUCACGUCAUUACUGAGAAUUGUGUGUUUUUUCCCGGGGAGAAUCUCCACCAGGAGCAUUGCGCGGUGUGUCUGGACUCCCUGGGUGUAGUCGUGACACUUUGAGGAGUUGGGGGCAAAGUAGAAACCGUGACCGAAACGCUGGAAGUUUAUGUUCCUCCGGAUGAAUUUCCUGAACAUCCCGAACUUACUGAUUCCACAAAUUCCACAGUCGUUAUCAUUGCAGGGGUUCCCC